AUGUUACUGACAGUCUCACAUACAAGGCUUCAGCCUGCAGACUGUUCCUCAACCCUCAGACUUUCCCGACGCCAGCUUUCAACUGCAUUCGCAUAUCGCGUUACGGACCAGUAUGACAUAUGCUUUUCCAGGAGCUGCGGUAUGGCUUCGGGAGCAGUGGUCUAACCCCAGGGAUAUCUUCACGAUUCUUCUAAUCAUUGGUGGUGAUAUUGUGCGUGUGGCAGUCGCGCAACUAAGUGCAGGUCCUGUAUCAUACCUCACGCCUGUGGCUUUCUCAUUUGGCUGGGUUUCGUACGCAGUCUCGGCAAUGUUGUCUGCGGUCGGAGAGGCCAGACUCAUGCCACGACCAGAGAUAGACUGCAUCGUGAUCAAUGCAAAAACGGGGUAUUCCCGCAAUAACAACUCAUGGAUCCUCUCGAGGAUGCUGCGAGAUUUCGAAUUCUGGUACCCUCGACUGUUGCGACCGGCUGAAAGGCAGAGGAUAUCACAGUCGCGACGUGAUUGCAAUGAUCUUGAGGUACGGAUCGCCCUGCGCGUCAGUGUUUGGAGAUGUGAUGAGGUUUCGGGCAGAGGUGAAGGCGACUUUGUCUAUUGGACUGGCUUUUUGGUCGCGGCAAUACAGAUUUCUAUCUCCGCCAUACCUUGGGCUAUCUACAAGGAAUGGUUCACGUUUUUUGUGACUACAGCCGGUACCAUGCUCGCACUUGCUAGUGGUGCCUUGCCACAAUGGUCAGAGGAAAAGAUUAAUGUUCCCAGAUGGGCAAAGAAGAAGGACAUAUUCCUGACGACAGGUAACGGUGCCCAGGACGCGAUCUUAUUCCUUGGAUGCGACAAUAGUCUGGAUCUUGAGGCGCUGGCAGGGCCUUAUAGAGAUAUAAGAUCACCGUGGUUCACUCGCAUCUGUUCCAUGAUCUUGGCUACUCUCUGGAUAGCCUUACUCAUUAGUGUCGCAGGUUGGCAGCAGCAUACCUGGUAUCUUCUCAGUGUUGGCAUCAUUGGCCUUGUGCACAACAUCUUUGUGGCCGGAAAACAACGGCAACCAGAAGCCUUUGGUAUCAAGCUUAAGUACGAACAAAUGAUUGCCGAACCAAAAGUCAUGGGAACACUUUGGAAGCUCGAAGAAGUUCAUCCGAGGGCCGGCAAAGCCCUCAUCGAUGUCUUCUUCCCCGGAGAUCUGAGUGAACGUGAGAAACAUCUCUGGGCCUUUGCCGAGAGAAGAUAUCGAGCAACAAAGAACUUCAGAGAGCGGGAAGAGCUGAAGCUAUCGUCACAGAUUGAGCAAGGUCGUAUCAUGACUAUCUCGAGCACUGUGCAGGAUGGAAUAGGAGGGAGAAACAUUUUAGAAGCACAUGCAUGGGGGAAGAUGCCGUCAUGGCAGUCACCAAAGCAUGGUGACGAAAACUACUUUGGCGACAUACCUAAUUGUGGGCCUUAUACUGGACCUGAACCGACACACCAUCACGUCUAGCAUAGUUUCCACCAGGCCGAUCGAUUAGUGUUUCUUAGAGAGGAACAGCUUGAGGUUAUAGUUAGGAAGCGUACUAUUUUUCUGAGUGUAAGCUAUAUACUAUUCGUGCUCCAAUAUAGAACGGACGAUCUCUGGUA